UCUGUCCUAGAAAAUCGCGGUAUUCAUUGUCUUGACAACUACGUGUUUGAUGUGACAGCUGACGCUUUCUAGACCAUAUUUUUAGUCGAGUAUCCUAUUUAUUUGAGUUAAAUUACUAUAGUAUUUGUAAAAGGCGAUGUAUCUUCAUUAAUUCGUUGUAUUCAUGAUGCAGCCGAAUAGGCCUGUAUGUUAAUAAAGGGAGUUAUAAAAGCGUAACUUUGAACUUUAUUUUCGUCCAUAACUGAAGUGAAUACAAUUAGACAUGUCAAAAAAUAAUAGCGAAUACAUCACAUGCCAAAGUCACUUAAAAUUUACACAGGGAUUUAUCUCUAUAAUAUAAAAACCGUUAUAAGGAACAUAACUAAAAAAUACACAAGACCAAACUUGGGCAGUAAAGGUGACCAUAAAAUCUUUUGGUGGCUAGUGCACCUCUGUACAAUAUAUCAGUACAGGAAGAGGAAACGGAUAUUUCAUACCAUCCUGGAUUUUGUGGCUUUUUGGAAAUUUGUCUAAACCCUGGUUGAAGGUGCUUAUGGAAAGGUGAAAUUGCUGACACACAGAAGUUCAGGAGAGCAAGUCGCAUUGAAAGUGAACAAGUUGGAGAAACAUUCAGAUGCACGAAGCAACGUAUAUAAAUAGGUGUGCAUACUGCUAGUUCAUCGGAACUCUAGCCAUAGUAGAGGGCUCAUACCAUCUCUCGCGGAACUGGGGGAGCAGUCUUAUCAGCUUACAUCAGCAUGGGUACUACCAGUUUGGAAUGUAACGUCUUGGAGUGUGGUCAGGAACAGACAUUGACAAAGCGUUGUGGGACAUUCGCAUAUAUGGCCCCAGAGGUCUUGAUGCCGCCAUACCAUGGCGAACCAGCCAAUUUGUGGUCAUGUGGUAUCAAUGUUAACUGGAAGUUUACCAUGGGAUGUAAAGAAUACGUGGCAUGGAAGGAUGGUAAAGCACGACAUCUAGAACUAUUUAUAGAGUUGGGCCAUUUGGCCAUGGACUUGAUACAGAAGAUACUUGUACGCAUCCCAUCUCGCCAUGCAAAAUUUAGGGCAAUUAAGGAUCAUCAGUGGUGUAACAUGUGUUUUGACAAAUUAGGAUCACCAAAGAUGGGCAUUGAUUCACCAAAAGAUGAGCAGCAUAACAAGCGCUUUUGCUCUGGGAGCGAAGUAUCUACAGUCUCUGCCCAUAGCGCAGCACAUGAUAGCUGUGCUUUGGAUGACUCAGUGGCCAGACUGAGUAGAUCUCAGCCACAACCAAGUUUAGAGCAGCACAGUAUACUAGUUGAGUGUUGCUGCAGCUAUGCAGGAAGAAAAGGGGAUAUUGUCAUUUUCACAGCCAGUGCACCUGAAUGAUGUGGUGCUGAAUUCACAGCUUCAUGCUACUCAGCCAUCUACACGGACUUCCAGUCAGCGACAGCUCUGCAAAAGAAAUGGAAGAAUUUGAGGCUCAGGUUUGUCCGAAAAAUUCAAAGAAUGAAGGGCAAAAAAUCUGGUUCGGGCAGAGAGCCGAAGUCAGAAUACACAUAUUUUGAUAUCCUUUUGUUCUUGAAACCAGUUGUAACGAACAAAGAGUAAGUGAUAAUGAAAUAAUGGAAGUACUGAAUACUCUAUUUGCUUCAUAAACAUAUCAUUUUUCAUAGUAAGUGUAUUAUUAAUUCUUUUGCAUGUGCUCUCAUUUCUUAGAACUACUACUAAUAUUUCCGAUUCAGAAGCACAUGAAGAAGUUGAAGAGGAACAAGGUGCUACUUCUACAGAGCUUAGAUCAACCCCCUCCCGAAAGGAAAGAAAAAAAAAAAGGAUGGAAACAGAUGGACAGUGGACAGUGUGUGCCAAGUCAUUUCUGAAAGUCUCCGGAGAAAAGCAGUUAUGGAGCAAAGAAUUCAGGAAGAGUUAGGCGGUGACGAAGACAGACAUUUUCUACUCUCUCUCUUAUCCUCUCGACAAAAAAAGUGCCUGAGAAUAUGAAAAUGCUUAUGAGAACUGAGAUUAUGCAAGUUGUGAUGAUGUAUAUGCAAUCUCCCGUUCUACCACCUAUCCCGCAUACUCAUAAUCCCUAUCAAAUUGGACAUCAUGGCCCACUAUACCUCCUAAUGAGUAUUAUACUGGCCCUUCUCACUCUCUUGCCACCCUUCGUCCAGUACACGGUUUUCCACAACCCCAUUUCCCUCAGUCCUCUGAUGCAACUCCUCCAUAUUCUGUCGCUGAUCUGAGUCCCUCAACCAACACAUCGAGCAUUAUGGAGCGUGAACUUGGUCACUAAUUUGUUUCAGAAAGACAUAAUAUAAAAUGUAAAGGGACCUAUUCUGUUUUCAGAAAAGAAUAAAAACA